AUGCUGCCCCAGAAAAAACCCAAGCGCAGCAUUGGUCAGUCUCAUGGAUGGUAUGUCAAUCCGAUCUCCAUGCUAGACGAGGUCAACAUCACCGCUGGUGCGGGGAGGGAAGCCACCGGACGGCCGCUGAGAACUCGGCAGAUCGGAGCACGCACUCCUUCCUGUCUAGGAAAGCGGCGAGGGCAUUCGAAGACUUCACUAAGGCUUUUCGUUCCCUUCAUUCAACUACCACCACUAUCCAACUACCACAAACACACUCCAUACUUUACACACUUCAUAAUGGCUCCCGCUGCUGCUACCAGGUCCAAAAAAGCGGCCACACGAGUCACACCCGCCUCCAAGGUCACCAAAAAGACCUCCAACGCCGCCAACAAGGCCCCUAAGGCCCCCAAGGCCAAAAAGGCCACCAAGGCCAAAACACCUCCCCCCCAGAUCCUCGUACCUGAAACGCCAUCGAGGACCAUUACCCCGGACGAGAUCGACGAAACGCCCCCGCCUACUGGGGGGCCCAAAGUAGACCUUGCGGAAUUGAUAGCCCAGCUAUCCAAGGUCCAAGAGGAGCGAGAUCAUCGCCAUCGUCACGAGGGCCGGGUUCAUCACGAGGGCCGGGUUCAUCACGAGGGCCGGGUUCAUAAGUCACGCCGCCACCACCGCCGCCACAGCCGCAGUCAUCGUCAUCAUCACUCGGACACAUCGGAUUCGGACUCAUCCGACUCUGAGUCGGACUGGGAGGAAAGAAGAGGGGUCCCCUUUCGUCACACGGAAGGUAAGAAGCCCUUUCUUAGUAUUGCUGAAAGGUUCCGAAGUGUGGACGUCAAAUACUUCAAGCAAAUCUUCUUCGGGACCUUCAAGACCAAAAAUUUCGCCAAGCUGGCCCAUAUGCAUACUACCCCGGCCAAGGAGGAUAAGGACGUCAAUGGCCAUAACCACAUGAUGCACUGCUUUCAUGUGUACUCGGUAGCCGCUGGCCGCUUUGUAUACGUUAGCGUGAAGGAAGGCUUAAAUAAGACCCUAUAUGCGUAUGCUAUUCGCCUACUACGGCUGCCUAUCACCUACAGAUUUAACUUCAUCCUCGCUUAUCACCUCGCCUUUGUUACUGCACGUAUUCAGGGUGGCCAAGACGACCCUAAGGCCUGGGAAGCGGACGAUCAGAGCUGCAGGGACCUUCUCGUGCCCAAAGGGACUUAUGCGGGCAAUAGCAAGCCAAAUACCGCUGCGCCUGGCCCCAGCAAGCCCGUUGCCGCCGGAGGAACUGGAAUUUGCAAGAAUUUCAACAGAGGUAGCUGUUUUCGCGAGCGCUGCAUCUACUCACAUGUCUGUAUGGUCUGUCAGCAAAAUCAUUCGGCAGAUAAGUGCCCCAAGGCCCCAAACCCAGCUGUGAGUAGCUCCAAUCAUUUGCCACUGGGUAACCGUGUUACCAAGGCAGAAUGA